AUGGAACUAACAGACGGGACGACGUCCGUCGACGAGGGCCGUGACCGUGACCGACCCGACCGUGCCGAAGGCCUCACCAUCGACACCCGGCUCUCCAGGGCUGAACGUACCCAGUCGAUCCACGAACAAGAUGAGGGCAAUGCGAUGGUUGAGCUUGCCUCAAUCAUGGCAGCGGCUUCAAACCCCGUGUCGCCGGGCCCAUCAAGUCCGCCGUUGGAGCAGACGCGGAUACAGGACUUCAUCCCCCCAACGCGGCCGAGUAGCACACCCUUCCCACAACCAGAGCCACGCAGCAAAGAAUUACGGUGCAUCAGCUGUCCGGCCGACCGCUUCGUGGAAUCGGAUGAUCCAGAACCCGCCGUACCGCCAACAAUACAAUCCCCUGGCACGAGCGAUGUCGGUACGAGCCUCAGCGAUCUCCCCGCCGAGAUCCAUGAGUGCAUUCUUGACCAUCUGUUCGGUUUCCGUGUAUCUACCACAUCCAAGAGUUCCAUCACCCGCUGGGGGACCGCCCUUCGGCAUCCGAGAAGGAAAGAACUGUCAGGCUUGUCUUUGGUGAGCCGAGCAUGGAGGGUACUGGUGCAGGAGCGGUUGUAUCGGCACAUCAAACUGAGGGCCACGGUGGAUUCAUUACGAGAGUCUUUUUUCUACUUCGCCGAGCACCCCCAUCUACGGUCCUACGUCAAGCAUAUCGAGGUUUGGUUCCCAGUCUUCCGCCCCAAAUACGGUGUCAUGUCGCUCUCCAGCGCCUGCACCGUCCCAGUGGUUACCUCCGACGGACUGACCACUGCAUCCUAUAUGUUGCCCAUGGAUAACUGUUCCCUCGAAGAGACGUUUUACUUGGUAGCGGAAUCCUUCCCUGAGGUGUGCGUCAUGACUCUGGAAGGGGGAGAACGUAAAAAGGCGCCAAAAGUAAGGCAUUGGAUUCGCGACUCGAGCCGACGACCACGCAUCAUGCCAAAGGUUGAGUCUGUCCGCACACUCAUUUGCAAGGGGCAAUGGAAUCUUAUCCGAGGAGUGGACGACUUUGAAACCAUCAUGUCGGCGCUGCCCAACUUACAAGAGUGGCACGGGUCCUACAGUAAGCCCAAGUCAAAAAGCUAUCUCACGAUGGCCGACAUACUUGUGAAACCUAUGCGCUUGACGACUCUGGACUUGUGCAUUGAAGGGGAUUACCGCCGCGAGCUGUCGUUCCCGCCAUACUUUUUGAAGGUGUCGAGCAAGCUGCACUUUUGCUCACGGCUGGCGAUUGGGGCUGCCUCACCGUCAUUGGAACGAAUCUCGUAUACUGGAAGAGUCUGCAAGCAGUUCUUUAUUGAUCUCAUGCUUGCGCUCAAGGACCCUCGGCAGACGCGUUUGAGGGCCAUCGACCUGACGGUGAAAAAUUGCUGCCGCAAGGUGACGCACUGGAACGAAUCAGGAUCCGGCAUCACGGAUAUGAAUUUCAUCAAUGCGUUUGAGGAACUUGUCAUUGCCGGCAUCCGGGCAUUGGGAAGGCUCAAGUCGGUCGAGUACCUGAGGAUCCGCUACGUGGACCUCGACUCGCCCGUUCCUCCGCUCAAUCCAUACUUUCUCCUGCGCGACGGGUGGUGCUCGGGGGUUUGGAGCGACGCCAUCAUUGCCGAGCUGAACCGUGCCCGGCCAGACGUCCGCUUCGAGGAGCUCGCCGAGUCGUUUGGCGAGAUCGGCUACAAUAAGGACGGCCGCAUGACCAUCAGCCCCGAGUUCCCCAAGUCCCGAGCCCUGUCGCUCAAGCUAUCCAACUACGCACUGCUGAGCGGGGGUAUCUCGAUUUCGUGA